UUUGGAUGUCUGACUUGACUGGUGCUGAGGAGGAGGAGUAUGGAGGAGGAGGAGGAGGAGGUAGCAGAGCCGACGGACUAUGCCUGCGCUAUCACACUGUGAGCUGGUUUGACCUGUCGCGGGGCCUCGUAGCACAACAAUGUAUUUAAGUACCAGGAGAUAGAGAGGAAUUGAACAGGGGUAAGAAAAGGACUCGCGGGAACACAGGAAAAACUGCCCAUGAUGGACGAGCGUGAGGACCCCACGUUUGUCACCACCGGAUCCAGGUUGCUGCUGCCUGUCAGUGAAUACCUGGGAUUUCCUCUGGAUAAGGUUUGACUAUCUGCCUAUGAAACACCAGCAAGUUGUGAUACCCAAGUGCUGGCAGUUCUUGUACUCUCCGAAUAGUGCAGUGAAAUUUGAUGGAUCGGUUUGUCUGUAAAUGUGACUUUAAUAGGGACAUGCGGCGACAUCGACAUUGCAGCGCAUUGCUGAAAUGAGAAGUGAUAGAUACUUUCUGUCUCCAUCACCGCUGUCUCAUUGAUGGCGUGUCGAUGUUUUUGACUAAAAGGGUUAAAAUCUGUUUGCAUGUCACUUCACAAUGGCACCAAAAUCUGAAGUGCCCAUGUGAGAAAUACUCUUCAGGCAAAAGCAGCUACUUGAUAGUAAACUUUAUAGACACCACAGAGAAAAGCUUUACUCUUUACUCUACUUUUAAACUCAUUUAGUUAAAUUUCUAACACUCAUGUAGAUGAAACUAUUAGGUUUGUCUGUUACAGUCACCCUAUGCACAUACCAAAUAAGUAAAUGUUAUAAAUAACAGUGUAGGAAGUUCUCUCUAGUUAAGCUGAUGCUUUCUAGGAGUGAUUUGUUCAUGUGUAUAUUUCCAUCCUAAACUCUGUCUAUCCUGCUCAGGUGAAUUUCAUAUCAUCCCAGCUGUUUGCACUGGUUGCAGCCUUCUGGUUUCGUCUCUACCUCAGUUCAGUCCAUGCCAAUCCACUGAUCCGACAUGCUGUGGCUACUCUCCUGGGCAUUGCCAUCCUCAUCUUCUGCUUUGGAUGGUACUGAAUCUACUUCAUUCUCACUACAUGCAGCGUGAAGCGAUGAAGUACUCUUUUUACUGAGCACUGACAUAUUUUCCAGCACAUAAAUGGGGCUUAUGUUCAGCACUUCAGUCAGUCAAUUAAAUUGUUUUAAUUGUUUGUUGUUUCUGCAGGUACUCAGCUCACAUAGUUAUGGUGGUGAUUGCAAACUAUUUGAUCAUCAUCAAAGCUGACAUCAACCAUGUUCACAAGUAAGGAAACUUUGAAACCAGUGUGUCUGUUUGGUUGUUGAUAGACAAAUUUCAAUCAUUUUCAGUAAUCAGUUUCAUUUUACAUGUUGGGAUUUGACUUGCCUGUAGUCAUCACGAGGACAAGGAGAUGAAGUGUUACAACAGCAACAUCUUAUUUUCAUAUUGUUGUGCAACACUGGUGACUGUUGUCUUCAGGUAGAACUCGCCUUUCAAGAUCAGACCGGAAACUAUUUGCAACACAGAAGCGUGAUGUUUAAGUGGUCAGAUAGCUUUCAUAGAUAAUGAUACGGAUACUGAUAUUUCGUUUGUAGCAGUAAAGCUUUUUUUUUUUUUUUACACUUUUUAAUCGAAAGAAAGAUUUAUUGUUUCCUUUGAGUUGACCCACCAACACAUUCCUGCAAAGAUUACAGUGUGGUGCACCCCGCCCCAUUAUCUACCUGUAAAAAUGUGGCCUGAACUGAAAAACUGCUGUUGAAAGUAACUAACGUAACCACGUCAGGUGAAAGGCAGCCAGACAUGCCAGCCAGACCAGUCUGUUAGAUCAAUGCAGACAACAAGACUUGGCGUGUUUUUAUGCAUUUUUAAAACACCAUUGUCUCUCUGCAGCCGUGUGUAUCGGUGUUGCUUUUCAAUUUUGGUUGAAGCAUGGACUAUAUUUAUAUUCAUUAGAGGUACAAGAAAAAAGGUCACGUAAGGCUGCUCUGGUGUUUACAUUAGAUGGAAAUACCUGCUGCAGAUUAUACAACACAAUGUCAACUAUGUCUAACGUUAAACAUAUAAACUAAAACAAGCUACCUGAGGACACAGCAGUGAGCAUUCAGAAAUGGGUUGUUAAUCUGCUUCAUCAUGAUGUCAGAAUUUUUGGCUUACAAAAACACUUCAGAGAUCUGUUUGAUAACCAGCUGGAUAUUUCUUUGAACCAGUAAGAAGCCAUCCUUUACAACAGCUGUUCUUUAUUCAUGUUCUUAUUUGUAGCACUAAGACAGAAAUUUCAAGUGGCUGCACUUCCAUUUUUAUCACAUAAAGCAGCAGCCUACUGAGUUAGUCAGGGCACACCUUUAAAAAUCAUGAUACUCUGUUUUUUAGUCAGAUUUAAUUGAAGAUUAUCCCUGUAGCUCUGGCCACAUUGAAUCUAACCCACCAACAAAGUCUAAAGACAAUGAUUUUUUUUUAAGAAAAUCAAUCAAAGUAGCAAAACUGCUUUUACAAUUUGAGCAUCUUAACAAACUAUUUUGAUCUCCAACCGUCAACAUCCAUGAAUUUAGCAACUGAACUGAACUGUGUGUGAUUGUCUCGAUACAAUAUUACAACAAAUUCAGCCUCAUUUCCACAAAACCAAACUUUCCUUUGAGAGAUUCUUGAUUUAGGGCAUAAAAAUCACUCUUAAAUAUAUUAAAAAGUGUUCAAAGUAAAUACAUUUAUGUAUUUGUUAGCCCUACAUUACAUUAUAUACAAUUAAAGGAGAAUAUUUUUGAUGUUAUUUUUUUCUAAUUAAGUUCUGUUUAUAUAUUCACAUGUAGGUAUACAAUGUUGACUGCAAUGGGCUACUUGACUGCAUGCCAAGUGAGCAGAGUCUUCAUCUUUCAUUAUGGGGUCCUGUCCACUGACUUCUCUGGGUAAGAAAAAACGUGUUCACUCAUAUCCCUCACCUUAUCCUGUCUUUGCCACACCUUUUUUGUCCGCAGCUUAUCCGUCAUUUCAGUGUGGCGGCCCCUCGUAUGCUAUCAGUUAAUGUUUCCACACGCCUGUGCCCCAGCCCUGUGUAAACACAAACACCGAUUAAAGAAGCAACAGUAUGGAAAGUUUACCUGCACAAGUAAACGAGCAGCCUUCUGAGAACUAUGACUUGUCAUGUAUCUCUAUUUUGAGGUUUUUCUUUUCAUUGCAAAAUUACAUGCUACCAUGUAAACUCUAAGAGGAUCAUAAAGAAGUGAUAAUUAAGAGCUGGAACAAGCUUUAGACAGUGAUUUUCCCAUAACGGAUAAUGGGCAGUGACUCAUGCUAUUCAUUAUUACUUGAUGAUUAAAAGAUUGCAUCAACAAAAAUGACUAAUUCAUCAUCCAAUCUCUGCCAAAAGUUGUCUUUAGUUUAAUCCCAUCUUUGCUUUCACAUGCAGUCGUUUGGUUGAAAAAAAAAAGAUGUUUUGUACACAGUAGUCAUUUAUUUGUGGCCCACAUGUCUCACAGAGGGCCUGUACUCUCCACACUUAUUAAAAAAGGCAAAAAUGUAACUUAUCAUGAAGCUGCAAAUUGUUGUUCAGUAAAAGGUGAUGGCUGACCUUGUUCAGGCUCUUAUAUUCAGCCACUCUUUCUCUCAGUUCUGAUGUGGAUAAAUUUGCUGGCAGCCUCACAUACACGCCGCAUGACUUUGGUGAUGAUCAGCCAGGACUAUGAGUCAGCCCUGGGCAGGCUCAUACACUGAGUUAGAUACCCUGUUUCUUUGAGCUAUGAGAAUGGACAUAGAAAUGGUUAAGAGUUACAGUCAUGGUGUUUGUAUGUCUUGUAUUAAAAGAAGACUUUAUUCAGUAAUUUAGCAGCAAGAGAACAGCUGUUCCAGUGGGGUAUUAAGUUUAUUGGGCUUUUGUUGUUAUGUGUCCCUGUUUUCAACUUUAUAUUCCAUUGACUUGCCCUGUUGGAGGAUGCCAAACACACAUUAUCUACAGCUUAUCUUGAAAGUUUGCUAUUUACCAGUCAGCAUUUCUGUAAGCUGAUCAGUUCUGAAUUUGGCAGACAGUCAGCAGAAGCAAAAUUGACCUGGUUCAAAAUCCUGUAUACAGUCAGUGCCAACUUUGAAGUCUACACAGAGAAGCAGAGUCUGUAGGCUGCAGUGGUGGAGUGUUGCAAACACAGGCUAGCACCCUGAAAAUGUUCAUCCACAGCCAACUGCCAGCUCUUAUUCAGCUGGCACUGCCAGCCGCUCGGCCAGCACCUCGCUGCCUCAGUUUUCCAUGCUGUGUACACAAUGCAGUCCACUCACACACAGGAACCAGUGUGUGUGUGUGUGUGUGUUUGACAGAGAGAGAGAGAGAGGGAGAUGUAGCUUAUGUGUGCCUUUGUGCUCACACACUCACAUUCUUGGGACAGAGAGGUCUCUAUCUGUGAAUGAAACUAGGAGAGGGUGUGUCUAACUAGUCUGUUGAAACCUACUGCAACCAGAUCUUAACACUCCAUCAGUCACCUAACUACCAGAACUUUGAGUAGCUGUAAAUGGUUAACUUACAGGCAAGAACAGAGAAUUGAUCCAUAUGAAUAAAUAUACAAAAAGAAGAUCAUUCCUGGUCCUUAUCUUGGACUGUAAAUGAAGAUCUGGCUUUACUGGUUAAAAUGAGACAACAACGAAUUAAAAACUGAGAUUUGAAUGAAUUGGAUUUGAUUAAUAAGUGACCUGACAUGACACUGCUGGAAAAGAAUGAAGUGAUUCACGAGGGGAAUAAAUUCUGCAGCCUUAGACAGAGGCUCAGUGGGAGUUUGCUCCGUUGGGAUGUGCUGUGUUUGAAAUCGGUCAUAACAAAUGGCUGGAAAAGCUGGCCUUCACUAAAACAUCCUUUCGAUAAUAUCAGGCUGUAAACAGGCUGUUCAACACUUUUGAUCAGUAACUAAGACUCAGAAAGUAUUCAGCACAAGAUUCUCUUCACUAGAGAUCUUUCUAAACUUGCUUUCCUAUAUCCAACUCCCUUCCAUUUUUUUUUCUUGCAUUUAUGAAGUCCAUCACCACUCUCAGUUUCAAUUAAAACUUUUUUUUUGUCUUGUGUUUAUUUUCUCUCCAGGCCUCUGAUGAUAGUCGCCCAGAAGAUUACCACACUAGCGUUCCAGCUCCAUGAUGGUAAAGCAGCAGAGAGGAUGCAGACAGUGAAAUUCAUAUAGAAUAUGAGUCUAAACAUGCUGUCACAAUAUCUGAACUCCUCAGAUAGACCUCUUUUCGAAGUAUUUAGUAUUUAUGUUUGUAAAAUUGUAUUCAUCUGGUCUACCAAGCUAUAAUAAUGUGAAAAAAGCAAGACCUUUAAGUUGAAUUAGUUGAGCGAUGUUUAAGUUCUAAUAGAGGAAAAGUUUAAAACUGGUUGCUGAUAUCUUGAUCUCUUUGGAUUUUUUCAGGUAUGUGUAAGAAAUCUGAACAUCUCACUCCAGAGCAGAGGCAUCUCUCCAUUAAGUGAGUUUUUGCCUCAGAAAAGACCUGUUUUUACAUUAUGAAAUGUCAGAGGAUGAAGUUUUAGUAAAGUAGUUAGCGCAUUGUGCUUUAUGGUGGAGGUUACUGAUGUUCUUCCGUUUCUGUAUUUCUGAGCUCAUGGUUUACCCUGUAGGGUUAAUAUUUGUCCAAAUUUGGUUCCUGUAUCAGUCGUAGUUGCAGGUUUUUGUGUGCUCAGGGUUGUGUUGUAAUUGACUCGCUCACCGAGGAGACAUAAUUUAUGGUGAAUGGGUGCUUUACACUCUGAUCUUGUCUCACCCUGUCAGGACUCUGGGCUCUAUUUUCGUGCGCGCCGGUGAGGCGGCGGAGGGCGGCGAGCCCCGCGCAGUUGUAUUUUCGUCUGGCGGAGCCCAGCGUAAGGCCAGUUUGGUAUUUUCGUGGCAUGAGCCGCACUGAGGCGAGCCGAGAUCCGCCAAGCUGGGCGUGGUGGUGUGGCAGGGGGAGGUGUCGACAGAAUCAGCUGGCGCAGUGACAUUUUCGUGCUCGCCAACGGCGUGUAAAGUGCGCUGAAAGCUCGCCGAUUCAAACCUGGUCAGCUUUCAGCGCAAGGCGGAACGCAGCUGGUCUUGUAGUAUUUUGGUAGACCGGCGGCGUAUCGACAUACGUCACUGAUGCCUCACCGGCAGGUUUCCACAGUGUCAGGCACAUUUCAGUGCAAUAAAUAAUCAUCAUCAACUAUUAAUCUGAGUCAGCACAUACAUUUGGAUCUAUAUCGAUAUAUUCUGAUCUAUAUCUGAUCUGAUGAGCGCGUUUGGCACGCGUUUGGCACGCGUUUGGACACACAACCUGACCGAAUCAACACAGCUGAAACCGCAUCAAAUUAAAUUAAAUAUCUAGUAAAUAUUCACACAUGAUGAAGUUAACAAGAUAUGUAAUUCGUCUCCCUCCUUUUCUUUCUUCCUCUUCCUCUUAUUUCUCGCACAGCUCGACCUGGACACGUCUCCGUGUCCUCUGUCCGUCUUGCUGCUGCUGCAGCUGAACAGAUGAUUUGUUUCAGUGCUCAGAUGCGUUAUCUACUUUAAGCCGACAUACGGAUAUUACAAUAUUCAGUUUUGUGAGCCAAAUUUAUUUUAUAUGCCAACAUCUAUGAAAGAAAGAGCCAGACCACGGAGCGCGAUGCGUCAUUUACGCACAGAUGGUUCCGAUUUUAAUGCCAUUUUUGGAGUUUAUGUUGUGAUCUGUGCGCUCAACCCACCUUUGUCACGUGAGGUUUGAAUAUGAGCAACUUUAUGUGAGUGUCUUUAUUUGUGGAAACGGGUGUUUGUCUUACCAGUGGGUCCAACAUUACGCACACUAAAUCCAUCUGUGCUCAUUUGAGAGAGUGUGGAGGACACUUGUUGAGGAGCUGCCCUCUGUCGCCAUCUUGUGGCAUUACUGUCUUAAGACAUCUCUUGAUCUCUUUGACUACUCCAUGAAAAUAGUAAUACGCCUCGCCUGUGGCGGAUUUAAAGGCAAGGAGAGGAGCUUAUGUGAUUGGUGAAAACAGGUCUCGGCUGUGUUAAACCAACUACACGCCCUUUCUCCUCCCCGUCUACGACUUAUGGUGCUGGGAGGAGCUGAGUUAGGGAGGGGGGAUACUUACGCCGGGCUGCGCGGCUCACCAAAAUACCAAAAUGUGCUUGGGAACGCCUUGUCAGCGCGGCGGAUCUGACUGACGCUGCGCUUGCGGCACGUCUCCGGCGAGGCACCAAAAUAGAGCCCUCUGUCUCAAAUGCUAACCCUUAGCCAUAUGUUAUCUUCGUAUUACCCGGCUUCCAAAUGAAUAUACCAAUAAGAUGAAACUAAGUAUUAGUUUAAAGAUGAUUUUAUAGAUUUUUAUAAUGAUCUAUUUAUAACCCUGAAUAAAAAGUCCCUGGAGUGCUUCCAUGGCAACAGUUUUAGAUCAGCGUAUUUGUAGGUUGAGUUAACAUUAAACCUUGCAUUUUCAUUGUCAUUACAGUCCUAAUUCACCAGGCUUUAGUUUAGUUAAGUUAGUUUAAUUUAGUUAAGCAUUUUUAUGAAGUGUUAAGUCAGGACUCAGUCAGGAAAGCCGGGUAAUAAAGACUAAAUAACUGUUUCUUUUUCCUUUAGCCACAAAGGACAAUCAGAAGGAGAUGAGAUCAUGGUGAAUGAUUAUUCAUGUAAAAGCAUGCUGGAAACUUAGACAAGAUGCAUCAUUUGGCAUGGAACAAACAACAUUAUUAUGCAUGUGUAUUUUUAAAAAUUUAUUCACUAUUGUAACUCAUGCAUGCCAUUCUGAAAUUAGUUGAAAAUUUAAGACUGAACAACACACAGUGUUACUCUUGUGUGAAAACUCUUCCGCUGUAAAUAUGGUUGUACUCUUUUUAUUAGUUUACUUUGAGUCUCCUGUGCUCCUUGUAAGUUUGAGUAUCACUUCUAUUUGAUUCUCACGAAGCCCUUUUUAUUUAAGUUUUCUUGGACUUUGUAUGUUAGAUACAGGCUAAAAAAAUCCCAUUUUUAAAGGUUCAGCUCAAAGAGUCACUCUACUGGUGAUUAAAAAAUAUUCACCUCUCAAUUCAGUAUGGGCAUGGAUGUCAAAAUCAUUGUCAGUCUGGGUUCAGUUUCUUGGUUCCUCUGUCUUAAGACGUUUGGUUUUCAAAGACUGAUCUUGAUGUUCUGUCUGCAGGGCGAGGCCUUCUUUCAUCGAGUACCUCAGUUACAAUCUGAACUUCCUUGGUGUCAUGGUGGGCCCAUGCAAUGACUACCAAGAGUACAUAGACUUCAUAGAAGGCAGGCACAUCAGCAAGAGGCUCAGGCAGCACUCUGGGACAUGUAACGGGCAGAACGGCUAUGACAAAGUACCGGACCCUUCACCUCUGGUAAAUUUCUUAACCCAAACCUAGUUUCUGCUCUCUGGUUUGGUUCCAUAUAAUAACAUAAGCAUCAAAUGGUAGGGCUACUUAAGAAUGGGUCAGUCUUGGUUUCAUGUGGUAUUAGGGAGAAUAUUGUCUCUGCUGCGUUUGUCUGUAUUAUCUAAAAGUAUCACCAGCCUGAUGUUAUCUGUGUUUCUGCAGAAUGCUGUCUGUCAGAAAUUGUUGGUCUGCAGCGGCUGUAUGCUCUGCUUCCUCACUAUUACUCGAGCCUUGCCAAUUACUUACAACGUGGACCCCUAUUUUGUCAACCACGCCCCCUUCCUUACCAGGCUCACCUACGCCUUCUUCUCUAUACAAGCAGCAAGACCUAAAUUCUACUUUGCCUGGACUUUAGGUGAGAGCGCCUUUUGUGUUAGGGUGUGUGAGUGCUUUAGUAAGCUUUUGUCAAUUAGAGUAGGAACAUGAGGAGUAUUGUUAUUGCUAUGGAAGUCAUGUGAGUUUUCCCUCUGUCUUGUCAGCUGAUGCAGUGAACAACGCUGCAGGUUUCGGUUUCUCGGGACUGGAUGAAAAUGGAAAGCCAUCCUGGGACCUCAUUCGCAAUGUCAACAUCUUGGGGAUUGAGGUACUACUAUUACAUGAUUGGAUUAGACACAAAAGGAAGGCUCUCUUUGUCACAAUGAAUUGCAUACACAUUUGUAGGAUUUUAAGCGCAGCAAUAAAGAUAUUUGAGAAAACUGUUAUAUUAUUUAUUGAUCUUUUUCCAGACUGCAACCAGCUUUAAGACAUUCAUAGACAACUGGAACAUUCGAACAGGAGUCUGGCUCAAAACGUAGGUACUUCAAGCUCUAACGUCAACACUGACGCACACAGGUAGAAAAUACGUCAUCCAGCUUUCAAAAAUAAUCUUGAAUAUGUUUGAUCUCUAAUGUCCUCAGGGUGUGUUAUGAUCGAGCCCCCAAGCACAGGUUGGCAUUAACCUUUAUCCUGUCUGCCUUGUGGCAUGGUGUUUAUCCAGGGUACUACUUCACCUUCAUCACUGCCAUCCCCAUCACCAUGGCAGCACGAGCUGUGAGUAACCAAUGGAAAUCUCUUUGACCUUUUACUCUUGCAAAUUCUUACACCCACAAGGAAAAUGAACACUGAAUGAUUGCAUUUUUACCAAUUGUAGUUUUUAAAACUUGUUGAAAAAAAUUCUUAACAUUGCAUUCCUGUUGUAAAAUUUGUCUUAUUUCAUACAGUCUUUAAUUUUUAGGCACUUUUAUCAUGUAACUGAACUGAAAUAGUCUGCUAUAUCCUCCCACAAGUUCUUAAAACUGCAUCAAGCCACUGCUGGGGAAAGAAUAAUAUAAACAAGACAUAGCUGAACAAUUAUAGACCUAUAUCAAAUAUGCCAUUUUAAAGUAAGAUUAUUGAUAAAUCUAUAACACUUUACUGCUACCUUGUUGUCUUCAGAUCAAGUUUUCGACAGCCUCACAGCACUCAGACUGCUCUGGUUAGGGUGUUAUUGACACCUGCUGAAAAUUUCAGUCUAAGUAAUCCUGGAUCUCAGUGCUGCAUUUGACACUGCCCACCAUAAUACACUAUAUAACCGACAGGAAAACUGUGGCGUUCCCCAAGGCUCCAUCCUGGAGCCUCCUCUGUUCUUCUACAUACACCCACUGACUUAGAUGAUACAAAUAACUAAAUAAGUUAUAACUACCCAGACAACAUGCAUCUACAAUGUCACCAGGAGACCAUGGCCCCACACAAGCUCUGUAUAAAUGUCUCGAGCAAAUGCAUGAGCGGAUCUGCCUUGAUUUUACUCGAUCGGACAAAACUGAGGAAGUUGAUUUUGAAGCCAAGGAGGGAAGAUUAAAAAAUGGCAAGCAGCUUCAGUUAAACAACACUGACCAAGUGAAAUCUGGAUGCAGUCACUGACUCAGUCCUAAAUUUUAAGAAACUACAUGAAGAUGGUUUGUUACAAACUUGGCCUUCUAUCACAUGAAGAUUUUAUCAAGGUUUAAAGAUUUGUGUCUCAGCUAGACCUAGAAAAAGUUUGUCAACUUGAUCACUGUUACAUAGUCUUUAAAGGUCAACCUAAAAAUUCAUCAGUGAUAUUCAGAUACUGACAGUCUGAUCAACCUAGACCAUGUAGGUCACCUGGGACUGGUCUGCUUUUUCUUCCCCUCAGUCAGAACAGAGAGGAGCAGCAUCCAUAUAUUUUGAACAAACUCCAAGAAACUGUCAGACUCCCUUAAACUCUGCUCCUUUAAAUCCACUUGAAGACUCACUUGAUUACAGCUGCCUUUUUUGAAUUAUUUUGACAAAGUCAUGCUAUUUUUUAAAAUACAAUGUAGCACUGUAACUUUUAUGCUUGUAUUUGAAAACUGCAUUAUUAUACCAUAACCCUCUGUUUUUGUCAUUUUUAUUUUCUUUAUUUAAAGUGCUUGUCAUGGUUUUCAAGUGCAUCCUUUUACAUGUCUUCUGUCAAUGUGAUUUUCAAUCUACAGUAAUUCCUUCUACUCUGUCAAGCACUUCAAACUGGUUGUAUAAAUAUACUUUCCUCUUAUGUCCCUAGUGCACCGUUCUGUCACAAAUGUAAAAUUGUGAUUUAUCACUCUCUAUCACUUCAUCUCUGUCUGGCAGAUAAGAAAGUCUGUUCGUCAUCACUUCCUGGGCUACAGAGGUUUGAAACUGGGUUAUGAUGUCAUAACUUGGGCAGCCACACAGCUCGCCAUCUGCUACACUGUCAUGCCUUUUCUUCUCCUUGCAGUAGAGCCUACAUUGGUUUAUUAUAGGUAUGUAUUAUCUACUUUAGUCCAAGGUCAGUGCAUAUCUUAAUGUGGAAUCUGCAUGUUUGAGUUGCAAACAUACCAAGAUCCAGAGAUCAGCCCUUUUACUGCUAUUUUCUUUGUACAAAAACAUUAGAGAAACUCCUCUCAGAUUUUUUGAGUUGCCACUGUAUGUUUUGGCAUGAUUAUGUUUAGAUUGUUUGCGUCCUUUAGUGAGCUUAAAGCAGACCUACAAGAGUCACUUUGCGAAGUAUGUUCUACCUGCUGACUGAUCUGCUGAUAUGAUUUAGACUCAGAAGGAAGAGCUGAGCCAAGAAUUACCAUUUGUACAAUAUUUCUAACCAUAGUUUUUGACAUGAUAAAUAAUGGCCAACUUAACUUUGUCAUGACUGGUCGUUAUUUUACCUUGUAACUCUGAAGUGACAAAGCUAAAAAAAGUUCCUCUCCUGUUUUUUUUCUUUUUUCCAGGUCUAUGUACUUCCACGUGCACAUCAUCAGCAUUCUGGCUGCAAUUGCCCUGCAUCGAAAGCACAAACCCAGGGAACCCUCUGCCACCACCAAAACGCUUUCCUCCACCUCCUCCUUCCUUUCAGCUCCAUGCUCAGCUGAGUGUCCCCCUGUUUACUCCAACAACAACGACAAAGUAGACUAAUAACCUCCUCUUGGUGUGCCAUUAGAAGACACUCAGUCUUCCGUUUUUUCCUCAAAGGCAAGCGAAGAUUUUGAAAUGGCUUUCAGACAACUAAUAACAGGAAAAUACUGUUUUUUUAACAAUUAGGAAAAAGGUUUGAUGGGACAAAAGGAUGGACGAUGUGAACCUUGUUUGUCGUAUUGUUGGACUAAGAUAAAACAUCAAACUUAGGCUCAAUAGGCAGACUGAAAGAGAAAUAUCAGCUAAAAGGAGCAUCUUUGGAACUGCCAGCAGGACGUUGACCCUGCUCAACUUUCCUCUCCACCCUCCUCCCUCCCGGCCCCCUCCUCACUCAUCCCACCACCGGCCUGCCGACUCCAGUAACAAUGCAACAGUGUGAAGAGAGAAAAAGGAGGCUCACUUUCUUUCUUGUCCUAUUUCUGCACUGUCCUAGCGACUGGUGGGGUCUGAGCCAGCACAGCGGGAAAGCGGGGUGGGGGGGGGGGCUCAUGAACAGGGGCGCAAAUACCAGGACACACUCACGCACACUCAUGCAUAAACAGACAUCCAUGAGGAAACAAAUAUGCUCAUACUCUUGUAUUCGGCACGCUCUCGCUCGGUCACACUAUGAUGGCUUACAAAGGCUGCUCUUGUGUGGCUACAACAAAAGAGAGAGAGUGAGAGAGCCCUGGUUUAUAUGGUGUGCGUGCUUGUGUGUGUGUGUGUGUGUAUUCAUCUACGCUUUCCUACAACCCACCUACUUCUGAGGGACUCUGUUGGCAUUUUAUAGGACUGCUAGUUUGCUCCAACUGGUCAUGAGGACUCUUGAAAUCUCAAUCCGACCAGACAAACUCUUCAGUAAAACCGUUACUAAUGAAGUCUUUGAAUGCAGAAUAGCAUCUCCUCCUGGUGAGGAGACUUCACUGUUCUGCUGAGAAAAAAAAACACCUUCUUCUAGUUUAUAUGAAUGAAAAAAAUAUUGAAAAAUUAAACUGUGGGAUGUACAAAAACAACAACAAAAAAUACAUUUACUUCUGUUGACCUGCAGCUGUAACAAACAGUGGAAUAAGCAGAUAUGGUUGCUGAGAUUUGAUAUGAUUAUCAAUCAUUUAAAGUGUGUUGUUGGCCACGUCUCCCCAAACGAUCUCACUCGCUGAAGCAGUACAGAAAAUGGUUUUAAAUAUACUGGUACAUGUUAUGUGAAUGGUGCUGGAUACCUGUUUUAAUGCCUGAACAAAAACUGCUAUGAUACACACGACUAACAUGUUUCAUUUUCGUCGUACAAACAGACUGGUAAGUAAGACUACAAUUAGGGUUUGAAAAUAAAUAUAGAUGUUUCCUCUCUUUAAGAGCAUGGUGCUAUAUUCUGUGACAGUGGACUUUCUUGUAAGUAGCAGCAGGUUGAUGUAACAGAGACAUCUGCUGGUUGUUACUGAGGUCUGAAGUCUGCCCAUGAAGGUGGGUCACACGGGACUGACCGAACCUGCAGCAACUGUCAGUGCAGCUCCAUAUUUUACACUUCAAUCACCAUGUCACAGCUUAAUAGCUUUCACUUUUGCAUAAAAGUGAUUCUAGAGAUUGUAGGCACAGUAAAAAUAAUAAUACAAACAGUUUAAAUUAUUUACUAUUUCUUCUAAUCUAGGGUUGGGAGCUGUAAGAGUUUAACAUUUGCUCAUAGAUUGGUGAGUAAAGGUGUUUUCUCCUGAAGGCUAACACUUUAGCUUUCAGCCACAUUUGUAGGUCAGUGUGGGUAAGGUUUGGUAACAAUGCUGACAUGUAAGAACAUGUUGUUGGGACUAAAACAAAGCAAAGUGAAGACAAAUGUGACAACUAUUUAGAAUGUCACAACCAACAAGACAUUUUUUACAUUUCUUUUAUCAGGGUGGAGGACCUACUCAAAUCAUCCCACUUUCUUUUUUUUAGCCCUGCUGUUACAGGGAUCCAGUCACAAACUAAUGUUUACAUGAUUUUGAUUGUUUGAAUAUUUAACGACACAUUAAUACCUCUCCCACUGUUAUUGGAAACCUCGGUCACCUCUUUGCGCGAGGCCAUUUUACCUACAGUUACAAACACAAAGACCUGAAUAAAGAACUAAAUACUGAUUGUAAUACGUAGAAUGUGGAGGGCUGUCUACAGACCUCUCCUCAGUGUGCCUUUGCUUGAACAAAGUUGCUUUUGUUUUUUAUUAACUAACCUAGAACUAGCCAUAACCUGUGAGUUUUUUUUUUUUUUUUGUUAACGGUAACUUGUUUAUAGCAGUGUACCUCUGGGAAAAGAGUAUCAAAUGGCACAAGUUAACUGCUCCUCCUGUGUUGUUUGGACAAUUGAACACUGAUUAUGAUGAUGUAUUUGUGAUAUAUAUGUGUGAUCAAACUUACCAACUGUGAGUGUGUAUGUACAGUAUGUUUGGGAGUGUGAUAUUUUUGGAUUACUACAUUUUAGUAUUGUUUGUAAGAAGGAAGAGAGGGUCAUUUAAAACAAUUCAAGUAAUUAAUAAAGCUCUUGUAAAACGCUGA